AUGGAGGUGUCUUUGAGCGAGGCGGAUGCUGAUUGUGGAGGGAGUGAUGGUGAUGCUAACGAAGUAGAAAAUUCUGAUUUGGAAGACCUCGCUGGACUAAGUGUGGAUGACAUCCUCAAGAAGGUAUGGGACAGCAUUGAAAAUGCAUAUGAGUUCUAUCGGGGUUUCGGAAAAUUGCAUGGAUUCGAGGUGCGAAAGGGUGACUCCGGAAAAGACUGUGACGGGAAUGUUGUAAGGUGCAGGUUUUUUUGUAACAAGGAAGGGUUGAGGGAGCGUAAACACUACGACAGGGUUGACCGAACAAGGGUACACAAACCGGAAACAAGAACCAACUGCAAGGCAAUGUUAUCGGUUUAUUUUGACAAAAAUGAUAAGCAUUGGAAGGUUAGGAAGUUAGUAACCGAACACAAUCAUGACCUGACACCGGCUGGAAUGGUGCACCUGAUUGCCAAUCAUCGUCGGUUAACGGAAGUUGCAAAGACUCAGAUAGCCGGUAUGCAAGCUCAUGGUAUUGUGACCUCUAAGAUUGUAGGGUACAUGGCUGGUACGGUCGGGGGAUAUUCGAUGUUGGGGUUCCUAAAGAAGGAUGUCUACAACUAUGCUGACAAAAUGCGGCGCAUUAAAGUAGCUGAUGGCGAUGCAAAUUCUGCAUUAGUUUAUCUAGAGGGAAAAGCCGAGUCAGACCCCAUGGCAAUCGCAAAAUAUAACGUGACUUCUGACAACAGGCUCGCGAAUCUGAUUUGGGCCGACGGAUCUAGCAGAGUCGAUUACCAAUUCUUUGGUGAUGUUUUGGCGUUCGAUUCAACCUACAGGAAAAAUAAAUACAAGAGGCCGGUUGUUAUUUUCUCAGGAUCAAACAAUCAUAAGCAGACCACCAUAUUCGGGUUUGGGUUGUUGCUUGAUGAAAGUCUGGCGUCCUAUCGGUGGAUGCUGGAGAAUUUGAUGGAGAUCAUGUGCCGUAAGAAGCCAUCUGUAGUGGUGACAGAUGGGGACAAAGCUAUGAUAAAGGUUGUCUCUGAAGUCCUCCCCGAGUCGACGCAUCGCUUGUGUGCAUGGCAUGUGGAGAAGAACGUCACAUCGAAUGUCAAGGAUGAUGAAUUAUGUGGGCUGUUCAGAAGAUGGUUGUACGCGGACAUGGCAACAGAUGUAUUCGAGUCGGAAUGGGAGCAAGUUGCCGAGGACUAUGGACUCGGCCAGAAGCAGUGGUGGUGCCAGAUGUAUGAGAAAAAGGAGAUGUGGGCAAGUAGCUAUCUUCGUGACAAGUUCUGCGCGGGGUACCGGACCACAUCCCGCUGUGAAGGAAUUAACGCAUAUGUAAACAAGUUUUCCAAGUCCACCCACACAAUUUUUGAGCUGGUGCAAUGCUUAGAGAUGGUUGCCCGUGAAUAUCGGAAUAAGGAAAUGCUGCUCCAGUUUCAAUCCAUAAACUCGGUUCCGGUCAUGACAACAUGCCUGAGAAGUCUUGAACGACAUGCCGCUUCGGUGUACACCAGAGAAGUUUAUGGUGAUGUAAAGAAGGAGAUCGAAGGGGUUGGUGCCUUGAUCCUGAUUAGCAGAAGGAGGAUCAUGAAUUCCAUGAUAUACACGCUAGAGGAGUACGAAGAACCUGAUGUCCACAUAAUGUCAUCAUUUGGACGGUCAACUGGGAAGUUAAGUUGCCAGUGUAAUUUCUGGAAGAAGCAUGGUUAUCCAUGCAAGCACAUGUUUUUCGUCAUGAAGGCAGAGCACUCAAAGGAGAUUCCCGACAAUAUAGUUCUGCGUAGGUGGAGAACUGAUGCAAAGUCCGCUGAGCAGUACACAGAAAAUUGGGGGGACUAUAGUGAGCGUGGUGUCAUCCUUCGUCACGGGGCUCUCCAUUCCGCCUCGCAAUGGCUGUUUUUCCUAGGGGCACAAAGGUUGUCCAUUUUCCAGAAGACUAUGCGUGGAAUUGAAAGUUUAUGUAAAGAGCUGGAGAUGGACUGUAGGGCAUUCGGUUCUAGCAUGCACCGGACCGAAGAGAACGUUCGUGAAGCCAAUCCGGUUGUAAGAGAUCCAGUUAUUUCUAAGACAAAGGGUGCCCCGAAAAUUCCAAAGAAGAAGGCCCUUGGUAAAAGGAGGCGUUGCACCGGCUGCAAGGGCUUGGGACACACAAAGAGAAACUGCCCAAACAGGGGUGCCGGUAGACAAAAUCCUGAUCAGGCCGAGGAAUGUGGGGGAAUUAAUGCCACCUGCGUAAUCUUCAACGAUGACUGGGAGUCUAUCGUCGAUGAUAAUCUAUGUGCUGAACCCAGGGGCAAACUCAAUGCGGACUAG